CUCGUCCGAUAAAAUCGUAUCCGAUCAGCGUUGCCACCGCCCUUACGCUGUAUCUUGCGGCCGUUUACCGUCCCCAUUAACCGUGUAUCUUGGGGACCGCCUGUACCUUCUGCAAAUCGGCUGUCAUAAAAGAGAAGUUCUGAGACAUAAUUAAACAUAGUAUUUCUUGAGCUGAACCUUAUUUAACGAAUUAACGCCAGCAAAGUUGAGGGUGAAGUAACCAAAAAAUAGGCACUUAAGCCAGGAUAAUUCCUAUCAACAUAGCAGGGGCAACAUUGAAGUACUGCGACACGGUACAUUGUAAUGGCAUCUCGGAAAAGGUCUGGAUCUGGUACAAAACGGCCCAAGGAAAAAGUGGUCCAUAUUUACGAACAAUUAUGCCGCGGCGAAGAUCCAAAACUACUAAGCAUACAGUUUUGGGAAGAAUUUUUCUUACUGCAGCCAAACAUGGACAUGUUGGAAUGUGAAUUGCUCAAACUGAACCCAGAGCAAUACUCUUCUGCGAAACAAAAUAUACUGAAUUUGUUUACGGAAUGUAUACACACCCUGUCAUUCGGAAAUUCCAAGCGUGUGCACAAUGCGUUACAAACGAUAGCUGUGUUCAUACAUUUUCUAUUCCGCAAACAAACUGGCACAGGAGGUAAUGCUAAUGAUUGUCAUAAUGGCGCUACUAUGUCCUUAAAUAACACACUAGUUCCGUUUAUUACCAUAAACGAUAUCGAAGAUGAUAUGCGGGAAUUGCUGAAACAGCUUUACAAUAUAUUGACAAGCAAUAUUUCCACUGAUCGCCCCAAAGUUCUAUGUUUGAAGAUUUUGUUAAUAAUUGCGACAGGAAUCGAUAAUGUCAAUGAGAACAAUCUAAUAGAAUUCAUAAUAGGACAAAAUUUAUUUGAGGCAUUUAAACACAUCUUAAGUGACUCCAGUUUGAGAAACCUGCAUGGACACGAUGUUGUAACGCUGCUCACAAUUUUAGUAAAUUAUAGAAAACACGAGGGUAGCAAUCCAUAUGUCGUCGAACUUUCACUACUUGCGGAUGAGUUGGCUCUGAAUGGCUACGGACAAGUUAUCUCAUGUGUGCUAACUAUGUUCUGCAAGCAACAUCUUUUAAGUCUUACAGAGCUAACUACGUCUUCGUCAUGGUUUUCAUCAUUGUCAAACAUAGUUGGAAAUAUGUUUAUAUCGGACGAAUUAUGCUAUCGAAGCCAGCAGAUUCGGGGUUGAAAGUGAAUGAAAGGUCCAUACAAACUAGAAAGAAACAGAACAUUUAGCAUGCAGCCUUAACUGUUGCUAUAGGAAACUGCGAACUGAAUUCAAUUUGAGCAUACAUCUUUCAAUAACCAUGGCAACACCAUACACAAAUAAGAGGAAUACAGAUUUCAGAGGUUGUCCAACUAAGAGGGACAAAAAUGUACUGGAAAUCAAGGGACUGUGAAAAAUGUUCAAAUAAGAGAGGUUUCUCAAAUUGGAGAGGUGUCAAAUAAGAGAGGGUUCACUGUAGUAAGUGUUCAUGACUAGAUGCUUUUUAACUAGAUAUUCGCCAACUGGGGUGGAUCCCAGUUAAAAAUCACUUAAACGACAAAUGUAAAACAUCCGGCAUCAUUUGGUUAGCGGAAUUUGGGUCAAGUGUGUCAUCUUAAGCAUUUCAAGUUAUAACUCACUAAAACUUGUUUAUCAAAAGCCGAUGUAAAUCGCAUAGCCAUUUUACAUCUAUUUCCUCACUUAUAAAUGAGUUUCGCUUGAUAAAAGCGCAAACAAAGCUCUUUUUGAUGCGUUUUAAAAGGGUUGAAAAAUACGUUGUUUUUUGAGCUAUGGGGCGCACUCUUGCACCCGUAUGGAGCCACACGGCCUCCUGGUUAAAAUGAACGUAUUUCUUAGAUAAUUGGAGAUUUUUACGUUUGUGGCACUAGUUUAUGUAUUCCUUCAUGUCUUGAAUCUCCAAUGAACCCUUUUUGACCACAAACUCUGUACCGCAAUAUGGUCUACAACUAUGUUUACAUUUUUGACAGCUCGUGCCUAUGAAAUAUGAUGGCACACUUGCUUCAAAAAGAGGAGGUUCUUUUGUCCUUAAAGGUGUAACUUUUUUAAAAUUAUAUUUUUUAUAGUCAAAAAGAAAGUUUGUUUCAACUCAACAUACCCCACAUAAAAUUUCACGUUUUCUCAGCUUUGCGGUGGUAUAAAUAUGUUCUCGAUUGAUUGUUCGUAAGUUUUUGAGGGCUUAUUUGGUAUGGUUAAAAAACUAUAAUUUUCUGUUCAAUUUUGAUACUCUACAUUAUGCAGCUUAAAGCAAUUGUAAAAAUCGAUUAAUCCAUGUAAAAUUUGACACAGUAUACCUAGAUAUGAGAACAAAACCAUAUGUAUACUCUAUUGGUCAAUUAAUCAAGAUUUAAAGGGAAAAAUGCUUGUGGGCACUCUUAGCCCUAUGGUACUUUUGCCCCAAAUUCCACUUCGUACGGAUGCGAUUGGAAAAAGUAAAUCAUGGGAAUAGUUCUUUUUUUGGUUGCUUUGAUGGUUAUAUUGUCAUUUCAGUUAACGAAUAUCGGUCCGCUGACUGAAAAGUAAAAACUUCUCAGUUAGCGAAUACUUACUAAUAGCCGGCAUUCCAAAAUAAAUUGUUAAAAAUUAAUAGUCAUUUAAAAUGAAUCCUUGAGGCCCUUUCCGUUUUGAGUUCGUAGGCCUGUCAGCUGUUUGCUUUGUUUAACAGUUUUCGAGCAGCUAUGUGGGUAUAAUAUACAGGUGGGAUUUUUCCUAGGUGUAUGAAUUUAGAAGGCUGAUUUUUAUCGCUUCUGCUGCUGAGUGAAGAUUUUAAGAGUGUUUCGUGUAUUCGUAUAUUCUGUCCAAAAUUAAUGUUCAAAUUUGGUUAUAAAAACAUGCAAUUAGACCACCUUGACUACAUACACUUUGAUUCUAGAUUCCACCACUUGAUCUCUUUGAUCCACCUUGGGGUAAAUUUAAACAACACCGUCCCAAGUGACAUUUGCUCGAAAAUGUUUUCCCAUUUCUGCUCGAUUAGUACUCGAUACGCUUGAAAUUGUGAAUUUGUGUGUGAUCAAGUAUGUUGAAAGCGCCAAUAUUUGGUGUGUUCGUAAUGACCAAUUGUGCUGUCAAAUCUUCCGCACCUCCAAUCGUACCUGCUGUUUCGCAGAGAUACCCAUCGAACCGAUUAUAGCGAACCGAAUACCGCUUUUCUGAUAAAUUUGUUUGAAAACUUUUAUCGUGAUACGAGUGUUGUAUUUUAUUUUGCAUAAACUUUGUCAGUCAGUCUUUCCCCGAGUUACGCAAACAAUGCGUUCCGGAGACAUUCGCGUAAUUCGGAUGUUCGCGUAUGUCGAAUAUCACGUUUUAUAGCCAAAAUAUACUAUACAGUAGAACGUCGAUUAUCCGGGCAGCUCGGGACCGGACGGUUGCCGGUUAAUCGAUUUACACGGAUAAUGGUCCAAGAAAUGUCAAAUUCAUGUAAAAAUUAUAAUAUUCACUAGUUUUAUGAUUAAUUCACUUUGAAUUAAUCGAUUAUUCGUUAGUAGUAUAUUAUUUUAAUCAAUAACUAUAGGUUUAACAACUGUUCAUGAACAAAACUGAAUUUCGAAAAUACCACUAGACACUACAGAGCAGCACAAAAAACUGGUUGCCCACUUGACUAUCGCUGCAAAUUUUCGCCGUAUGUUUGAACAGCUGUCACAUUUAUGGGCACGGUUAAGCCGCUCAACGGUCAAUCCGACCCCGGAUAAUUAACGUUCUACUGUAUUAAUCAUCAUUUUUUUUAUUUAAUUUAGUUUAUUUAUGUAAUUUAUUACUUCAUUAAUGGUGGUGUGGAAAAUUCGGUUAUUUCUGUAUUUUUAAUGUCAGAAAGAUUUUUAAAACUUUUGGAAUAAUGCAAAUUAUUUUUCAAUUGACAAUUAAUUUAGAAAAUUGUAUAUGAUAUGACAUCUAAACUGUCAAGAAUAAAAAUUCGCGUAACGCGGGCAUUUCGGAGUGCACCAACGGCUCCGGAGCCGGCUCCGACUUUUUCCCGGAGCCGACUCCGCACCAACGGCUCCAGAGUCGGCUCCGUAUCAACGGCCGUCGACGAAUCAAUGGCUCCGGACCAACGGAUCCGGACCAACGGUUCAAUAGACACAGCAUUGUAUGAUAGCGUAAUAAAAAUCGAAUCGAAGAGGGUUCGAAUCGCUGGCUAGUUGGAGGCUUCGAUUGCCGUGGUUGUGGACACUUUUAGUUCAUUUUGCGGUUUGAGUUGAACAGCAUCGAAUGUGAUGUGAUAAGAUUUAAAAUUCAAUUCUCGAAGUGCAAGUGCAAAUCACGGUGUCGUUUGAAUUAGUUGAUAUUCAGUUUAUUGAAGUGUGUUUGUUCAAAUUAUUCAAUUUGCUAUCAGGUAAGUUUUAUACAGCACUGGCUGCAAAUUGGUUAAUUUAUUAAUUAUUAAUAAUAGUCUCCCAUAGGUUGUCUGCUAUGCCUACUACAUACAAUCCAAACUAUGAAAAUUCAUUUCCAUGGUGUUCUCCUGACCCGAAGGACGUAUAUGCAGCGGUUUGCAAAGGGUGUAACAAAAAAAAUAAAAAUCAACACUAUGGGUAGAGUGGCUUUGGUUAGUCAUGAAAAAAGCAAAGCACAUCAACAUAAUGUGUUGGUUCGAAAAACUAACCUUCCAAUCAGCCAUUUUUUACCAAGUAAGUGAAUAACCGUUUGACGGUAGUUAAAAACUUAACUUUUUGGUUUUUGGUAUGUGUAAAAGUUAUAACGUGUUUAGAAUUUUAAAGUAGCAAACUUAGGAUGGUGUUCUAUAUGGAAGUAUUAAAAAGAGUGUUUGCAGCAGAUUAGCCCUUUCCGACCGAUGCUGAUUGCGGGAGUAACAACAAUCAUCGUCAAGAACUGUAAUUAUUGCGGUUGACAAAAAUCUCAUCGCACACUUAACAGUAUUGAUGUACUGGGAAGAGUUUAAAUCGUAAUACAAAAAAAAAAAAAAUUGCUGCAGCAUAUUAGGUUUAAAAAUUAACAAAAAUUAACUGCUUGCGUUGGUGUUGCCGGCGGAACGGAAAGUUAAUGAAAAUCAGCAUCGGGUAGAACGUGUUAACACUUUCAUAGUUUUGCGAUAAAAAAAAGUUCAACUAAUUGUGUCCCAUUUUUAUAUAGCGGAAGUUGGGGCAAGUGUGCCAUUCGGGGCAAGAGUGCCACCAAGCAUUUUUCCUUAACAACUUUAGUUUAAUGAUCCAUUGUGUAUACAGUUGGUUGCUUUCCAAUGACUAGGUAUACUGAGCCGAAUUUCAUAUAAAUCAAUCGAUAUUUCUCAUUGUUUUGAACUGAUUUAUGUUGAGUUUCAAAAUUGAGCAGAAUAUUAUAAUUUUUUAAUCCAAACAAAUAAGCUCUCAAAAUUGAUGCGAACAAUUAACCGAGAAAAUUUUUACACCACCGUUUAGCUGAGAAAACGUGAAAUUUUUUGUGGGGUUAGUUGAAAAAAACUUUCUUUUAGUCACUGAAAAAUUCAAUUUCAAAAAAGUUACAACUUUUGAGGUAAAAGAGCCAUCUCUAUUUGGGGCAAGUGUGCCACCAUCUUUCAUAGGCGCGAGCUGUCAAAAAUGUAAACAUUGUUGUAGCGUGCUGCGGAAUGGUGCGCUUUUACGAGCGGAUUCUACUCCGGAAAAAACAGACCAGCAGCAACCCAUAUUGUGGAACAGUUGGUGGUCAAAAAGGGUUCAUUGGUGACUCAAGACAUGUAGGAAUACAUACACUAGUGUUACAAACGUAAUAAUUCCAAAUAUCUAAGAAAUAGCGGAACUUGGGGCAAGUGUGCCACCUUAAGCAUUUCAAGUUAUAACUCACUAAAACGUGUUUUUCAAAAGCUGAUUUAAAUCUCAUAACCAUUUUACAUCUAUUUCCUCACUUAUAAAUGAGUUUCGCUUGAAAAACGUGCAAACAAAAUUGUUUUUGAAGCGUUUUAAAAAGGGUCCAAAAAGACGUUGUUUUUUGGGUUAUGGGGCAAGAGUGCCACUCGUAUGGGGCAAGACGGCCACUUGGUUAAAAUAACCGUAUUUCUUAGAUAAUUGGAAAUUAUUACGUUUGUACCACUAGUGUAUGUAUUCCUACAUGUAUUUAGUCAACAAUUAACCCUUUUUGACCACCAACUGUACCACAAUAUGUUUUUUUUUACUGUUCUGUUUUUCUGGCGUGGAAUCCGCUCACAAUAGCGCACCAUUCCGCAGCCCGCUACAACAAUGUUUACAUUUUUGACAGCUCGCGCCUAUGAAAGAUGGUGGCACACUUGCCCCAAACAGAGAUGGCACACUUGCCCCAAAAGUUGUAACUUUUUUGAAAUUGAAUUUUUCAGUGACAAAAAGAAAGUUUUUUUCAACUAACCCCACAAAAAAUUUCACUUUUUCUCAGCUAUACGGGGGUGUAAAUAUUUUCUCGGUUGAUUGUUCGCAUGAUUUUUGAGAGCUUAUUUGGUUGGAUUAAAAAAAUAUAAUAUUCUGCUCAAUUUUGAAACUCAAUAUAAAUCAGUUCAAAACAAUGGGGAAUAUCGAUUGGUCUAUAUGAAAUUCGGCUCAGUAUACCUAGUCAUUGGAAAGGAACCAACUGUAUACACAAUUGAUCAUUAAACUAAAGUUUUUAAGGAAAAAUGCUAGGUGGCACUCUUGCCCCGUAUGGCACACUUGCCCCAAAUUCCGCUACGCUUAUUUUAACCAGGUGGCCGUCUUGCCACAUACGACUGGCACUCUUGCCCCAUAGCCCUAAAAACAACGUCUUUUUGGACCCUUUUUAAAACUCUUCAAAAACUGUUUUGUUUGCACUUUUUCCAAGCGAAACUCAUUUAUAAGUGAGGAAAUAGAUGUAAAAUAGUUAUGAGAUUUAAAUCGGCUUUUUAAAAACACGUUUUAGUGAGUUAUAACUUGAAAUACUUAAGGUGGCACACUUGCCCCAAAUUCCGCUAUGUGUUCGGUUAUAAAUUCAAUAUUUUUCUAUUUUUUGAAAUUGUUAAAAUCAUUAUUACAUGACUUAAUAUUAAAAAACGAAUUAAGAGUGUAUCAUAAGACACUUUCCUAAUAAAGUUUUUGUUAUAAUUCAUGUAUUUCAAAAUAAUCCAGAAGUACAAAUAACAUAUUCUAGUACAGGUCUCAGAGAAAUAAUUUUUGAUGACGAU